AUGAGGAUUUGUGAGCCAGUGUGGAAUGCAGUGGAUGCUGACCCUAAGCUCCCUGAAAAACUGCUAGAAAGUAGCCGUCAGAUUGAGUGGAUUAAAAGUGUCAGAAAGUCUCAUGGGUCUGUGGCUAUGUCUUCCUUAAUGGAAGCUGAGAAGAUAAAUGCACAGGGCGUAUACUGCGUAGGAUGUCAAGAUAGAGAUGCCUCAGCAUUACCAGCAAUGGAACAACUGACACCUGACAAAGUGAUUCAACUUCAGAUGCCUGCUGAAGACAACGUUGACCGCAAGAUUUACAGUCUGAACGAUCUAAAGGAUUUGCAGAGCAAACUGAUGCUUAUUGCAGCGAAGGCGUCUCAAGGGAAAGAAGAAGUAGACAGAUUUUUGGAUAUUCUACAAUGUGUUCAUCGUCUUGCCUCAGUAUACAUUUCUCUUUGCAAAGCUGGAGAAGUAAGUCAUCUCAAGUGGCAACGUAAAUUUGAUUGUUCGCCAAAACUUUCUAAUAGCUGCUCUCUUACAAAUGAUCUGAUGGAUGAGAGUAAACUCAUGGAACAGAGUCUUCGAGACUGGAAACAAGAAUUGCAUGCCAAGCGAUUGCUUUAUGGAGAAUUAAAUCACUUCACCACGAGCCAGUUGCUCUUUCUUCGAAACAAAUUGGCAGAAGUAAAGGGAAGAGGUCCCAAAGCUGUUGAUGGAAUUCCUCUUGAGGUGUAUAACCUUCUGGAGAGUGUGUUACCUGGCAUCGACCCUUCCAUUUUAAAGUCUACCCUUUUAUUUUGUGGCAUUUUUGCUCAAGAAAGUGGACAACAGAUGCUCAGAUCGUAUGGUGCAAGCAGCAUAAGUCGCUAUCGUGAUAAAGAAAUGGAAAGACCCCCUAUGGUGAAGACAGUUCCUUCUUCAAACCAAGAAAUGUUCCAGUCACUUGUGGUUAAGCUAGAGUCGCUUGGUUAUUCUGAAGAAGUUGCCUUGGCCGCGAUGGUCACAUGCAAAGAUGCCAGUGAGGCAGAUCUCAUCGUUUGGUGUGUGAAAAACGGUGCAAAAAAAGAUCUCAUCGCGACUAAGUACUCUGAGGCCUUGAGUGAUCCAAGUUAUUUGCGACUUAUAGAAAGAGAAAGCACUACAUUCUCUAAGCUCGAAAGCCAACAAGAAAAGGAAAUGACGUCGGAAGCAGAAGAUUUUUCAGAACCCAUGGAAGCUAGUAACACUCUUGAUCAAACAGCAGGAGGAACGUUUUUGAGUCUUGAUGAAUUGGGGAAGCUUUUGCUUCAUCUAGCAUCCCAAGGAUCAAAAAGGGAAAGGAGGUGUAUUCCAAGAUACCUAAAACGUGGAAAGCCAAAUUUUGUUGUCGUUCCGAAAGAUGAUGUUUUGGGAACUUUACUGUCUUUAUACAUGCAUGACAGUUCGCAGUCUCUACCAACAACAGAGGAAGUUUUGAUCUGCUCUUCCGAUACAAGCGCAGAAGAGAUUGAACUACUGUGGCGUAGAUCCCUUGCAGACCACAAUGGCAGGUUGUUUUGUUUGGUAAAUGUUGACCUUCUUGACUACGGUGUUUCUCAACAAGCUUCUGACGUUCUAGAAGUUCUAUUGCAUGAGCCUCAAUACAGUCGAAAUGAAGGCCUGUCUCUUAUAGUUAUCUGUAGCUCCGAAAAUGAAAACAGAGCUCACAUGGCUGCAGCUCUAGAUCAGUAUAGGCUUGGAACUAUUCCUCACUGUUGCUCAUCAAGAGAGAUCAGGCAGUACCUGAAAUUACAGCUUAAGCCACGCUCUCAACAACGGGCAACUUUCAGAGAUCAAGUCUUGCCUUGGAUUCCUGCAGCUGCAUUGGACAGAGAAGAACUUGCUGUUAGAGUUAUUUCAUCUGAAAGAGCUGGAUCUGGGAAAAGUUUGGCAGUCUGUCGACUCAGUCAGCGCCUUAGUGAACUUCAAAACAAUGAUGCAGUGAUGGAUUACCUCAAGGACAUGAGUACAGAUGUGCCACUUUGCAUCAGUGUACCGAUCUAUGGACCAAUCGUUCACCAACGUGUUGUGGUCGAGUCUUUAUUGCCUCACAUUAUUGUUCCAGAUUUGCCCCUUUCCCGCAUUUUCCAUUUUGAUGUACAUCCUUCGGUAAGAGGUGGUCUGGACACGCUUCUCUUCAACCUCUUAAUCCUUGGUGCCUUGAAGAAUAGUAGUGGUCAGAUCUGGAGGCGGCGAUCCUCAGAUCUUUAUGUCAUUGAAAUUACUUCAGGCGUAUCUCCGAAUGUAUGCGAAACAGUGGAGAGACGACAAACGUCUCCUAAGGUCUCCAAGAAAGACACGGCGGAGCCCUUUUACAGGCUUCUUCCUACGAUCCAGUGUGGAACACCGAUGCAAACAUUACAUCAACUGAGAACUAAUCUAGCAGCUGACAGCAGUUUGAACCCUUUGUUUGACAACGCUGAAUUCAAAAGCUCCUAUGUUCAGCGGGCCUUUCAGUACCUUAAGCUGUAUGAAGCGGGCGGUCAGACUCUUGAUCAUUUUUGGUUUGUACCCGGUCAAGUUAUGGGCGACCAUACAGAGUGUAUUGAUAUACUCACCAGACAUUGUGGUAUCGAGAACCCUUCAUGGGCCGAGGUACGGCACUUUGUGAAUUUUCUCGACUCCCAACUACAAGCCUGCGAAGAAAGUUCGUUCUGCAACAUGGAAUUGGUGGGGGACACUCUUGAGGGUUUUAGAAGUUUUGUGGUUCGUUUUAUGAUCUUAAUGUCACGGGAUUUUGCCACACCAUCUCUGAAAACAUGUGAAGAAACCACUCAAACUCCAGGCCUUGAUGACGAUACUGUUGUUGAAGAUAUGGAACCUGCAGCAGUUGAAGUCUCACAGUUUAGUCUAAGGAGACACUGGGAGACUAGUUCGCAUCCCUACAUAUUCUUCAACCAAGAUCGUAUUACAAUGACGUUUGUUGGCUUUCACAUUGACCCAAAUGGGAACUUAAUCGAUCCGUACCGUCAAGUUACCAUUCAGCCAAACUUGAUGUCCAGGCACUUGCGUACCGGCCUUCACGUUCAAAGGGUUGACAUGCAAACUAACUAUGAAUCUUGGAGCAAGGGACAGAAAAUCGAAAAACUUUGCGGAGUAAUGGGUGUCGAAUGGCCUUGUGAUCCAGAUGACUCGUACGAGCUCACCACAGACAACUUGAAGAAAAUCUUAGCUAUUCACAUGCGUUUUAGGUGUGGCAUCCCUGUGGUCAUCAUGGGUGAGACUGGCUGUGGUAAAACAUGCCUUAUUCGAUACAUGUGUGGCUUACAGUCUGGGCCUGGUGGACCUAAAAACAUGCUUCUAAUGAAGGUUCAUGGAGGUACUACCUACAAAGACAUAGAGAAGAAAGUGGAGGAGGCUGAGGCAAUGGCUAUUGUGAACGAAACGUUGAAUAUCGAUACGGUGUUAUUCUUUGACGAAGCUAACACAACUGAUGCUUUGGGAAUGAUCAAAGAGGUUAUGGUCGAUCGCCGAGUCAAUGGCAGAAAGAUAGGAUUAGGGCUUAAAAGAUUACAGUUCAUAGCAGCGUGCAAUCCUUACAGAAAACAUACAAAUGAAAUGAUUCAUAAGUUGGAGUCAGCUGGCCUGGGGUACCAUGUCACCACGCAACAGACACAGGAUCGCCUUGGUCACAUUCCUCUUCGGCAUCUGGUGUACAGAGUGCAUGCACUACCAGAAAGCAUGCGUCCGUUGGUAUGGGACUUUGGUCAGCUUAAGCCUGAAAUUGAGGAGCUUUACAUUCGUCAAAUCGUCACCAGAUUUGUUUUACAAGAAGAGAAAAUUCCAGGAGAUGCCUCGCUCGUGAAAGCCUUGACAACCAUACUUACUGCUUCUCAGCGCUACAUGAGGGACCAAACGGAUGAGUGCAGCUUUGUGAGUCUUCGUGAUGUUGAACGUGCAAUGAAUGUGAUGGUUUGGUUUUACAAUCACCGUAAUGCUCUCAAUCCAUUAAUGGAUGAUGACACCGAUGAAGACAGUGAUGACGACGAUGACGACAGCGAUGUCGAGUAUGACGAGGAUGAAUUGGAUCAGCCCCUUGAUGAUGUUACUCGAGCAGUUGUGCUCUCCCUUGGGGUUUGUUAUCACGCACGCCUUCAGGACAGAAAGCCAUAUCGUCAAGCCGUCGCUCAAAGCUUUGCAAACCCCUGUCAAUUGCCCGGCGGACAAGAACGUAUUCUGAAGGAAAUCACAAGCUGUCAGAAGGCAGUGUUGAAUGAACUGGAACUUGGGGAUAACAUUGCUCGCAAUACAGCAUUGAGCGAAAAUGUGUUCAUGAUGGUGGUAUGUAUUGAACUGAGGAUUCCACUGUUUGUCGUCGGUAAACCGGGUAGCUCCAAGUCACUUGCCAAGACUGUUGUAACUGACAACAUGCUUGGAGAUGCCUCAAGGUCUGAUCUCUUCAAGACGUUCAAGCAGGUCCAGAUGAUUUCUUAUCAGUGCAGUCCGCUCUCAACUGCUGAAGGGAUCAUGGCAACCUUUCGCAAUUGCAGUAACUUACAGAAAGCCAACAACCCAGACAAGUAUGUAUCAGUUGUGGUCUUGGACGAGGUUGGCCUUGCUGAAGACUCACCUUUGAUGCCCCUGAAAACUCUUCAUCCGCUACUUGAAGAUGGGGUGAACUUAACCGAUGACAUCAUUGCCAAUGAAGAGCAACUUCUAGAAAGAGUGGCGUUCAUUGGGAUCUCUAACUGGGCUCUAGACCCCGCAAAAAUGAACCGUGGAAUUAUGUUAUCACGUGGUCUGCCUGAUUCUGAAGAACUUGUGGAAAGUGCAAUGGGCAUUUGUUCCACCAAUAAACGCAUACAAAGCUUUGUUGCACCACUAAUGAAUCCCCUGGCACUCGGUUACAAAAAAUUGUACGAUAAUCAAAGAGAGUCUGAGACCCUCCAGGAGUCCAAAAAAGAUGAAUUUUUUGGCCUUCGGGAUUUUUACAGCCUUGUGAAAAUGGUGUACAAAAUUGCUGAGGAGCAAGGUCGCGAGCCACGUUGGCCUGAGGUAGAACAUGCCAUAAGAAGAAACUUUGGGGGACUGGAUGAGAUUGAACCUGUGGAAAUUUUCAAACAAUUUGCUUUCGGUGGAAGCCGCAUGAUGGAGCAAAAUGAAGAUCCGUUGUCUGCUGUGAAUCUGAUCAAGGCCAGCCUUAAAGAUCAAAAGAAAACGAAAGGAGAGAGUCGAUACCUACUGGUAUUGACAGAGAAUUAUGCCGCUCUGCCGAUUGUUUUGAAAGAGUUACUUCGAACCGGUGAUGAAACUCGACCUGGUGACGAACCUGUCGUAAUUUUUGGGAGCAGCUUUCCGAAAGAUCAGGAGUACACACAGGUUUGCCGAGACAUUAAUCGAAUUAAGGUAUGCAUGGAGACAGGACGGACUGUAAUCCUUCUGAAUUUAGAGAGCCUCUACGAGAGUCUCUACGAUGCUUUGAAUCAG